AAUUGGGCUGCUGCGGCGCGGAUUUGGGGGGCGGGGGCGGCCGCGGCGGGAUUCGCGGGGGUCGUUGCGCCGGGCCGCGCGGCGGUGCGGGUUUGCGGAGGGCCUCGCGCCAUUGCAUCGGGGGGCCGUGGCCCGCCGCCGCGCCGUGGACGACGGCCGCCGGAGGCAGCUCAAUUUCGUGCAGGUCGGUCCGAAUUGGGCGGCAGGAGGAUUCGCGGCGCGUCCGUGGGCGCCUAGAUCGGGGGUUCCAGCUGGCUCCCCCCGGCGCCAUGGCCGCUGACUCCAGCAUGGGGUUCCACCAGGGGAUCACCGCCGCCGCCUCGGUCUACAACCACCAUCACCACCACCACCACCACAACAACAACAACAUGCUCUCCUUCCAGUCGUCCAGCAGCGACGUCACCAUGGGUGGCGCCGGGAUGGGGCUCGUGAGCAUGAGCGGCGGGCCGAGCAGCACCGCAGGCCUGUACCACUCUUCUCCAAACAACCACAGCAGCAGCAACAGCAACAACAACGGCGGUGUGUUCGGCAACGUGCCGGUGGUUGUCCAGUCAAGGAGCUCGCCGGGGGGCGCGUCCCGUGGCGCCGGCGGCACCACCGCGUCCAAGUACAAGUUCGUCACCGGCUCGCCUUCCGAGUGGAGUGACCGCGAGCUGAAUAUACUCAACGAAGGGCUCACCAGAUAUGCUCGUGAACCUAAUAUCAUGAGGUACAUCAAGAUAGCGGCUAUGCUGCCCAACAGAACCAUCAGGGAUGUUGCAUUGCGAUGCUGGUGGGCUGCAGGUAAAGAUAGAAGGAAGAAACCAGAAGGUUUUUUUACAGGGAAAAAGAUGAGAGAUAUGAAGCCAAUGCAGGACAAAAUGUUUGCAUCUGCCCCGAUGUCUAAUUUUCACAUGGCGCCUACCAACAACUUAACCCCUUUCUCAAUAUCGAUGGAAAAUCCAAACCAGCAGUGUCAAGUUCCCAAGGAAGCAGCUCCUGUUGUGGACAGUGCAACCCAGCAGCUCCUGGAGGAAAACAAUCAAUUGCUUAGCCAGAUUGCUGCAAAUAUUGAAACAUUCAAGACGGGGGAGAACAUGGAUCUCUUUCUUCGGACAAAUAGCAACAUCAAAACAAUUUUAAGCAGAAUGAGCGAGACGCCUGGCAUCAUGGGUCAGAUGCCUCCUCUGCAAGAAUUAGCACAUGAAGACAAGCUUAAUUCACUUCUUCAAGUUGACAGAAUGGUCCAAUCUUACAGCGCAGCACACACCUCACAUAUGAAGGAAGAGCCUCGAAGCUAAUGUGUGGCAUGCGCCGAAAGAAGAAGGGACAGAUAGACGGCUUCAGCUUCUUUCCCUCGGAUCCCCACCGGUGCUGCUAGGAAUCCCUACAGGCUGUUAUACUGACCGAGCGCCAGGAAUAGUUGCCGUACAUCCUUGAGAUCAUUCCCUACCCUUCCAGCUGAAGCUCGGGAAAGCGUGUUUGGAAGGAGCGGAUUCUGCAGUUCUGCAGGGUAUGCGAGCGGGGGUUACUGCCCUUCCUCCCAUCAACCACACCACCACCAACCAGAUACUUGAUUCGGGACUACAGCGAAGUGACUGUAAAUAUUGGAUGGCCGGAGGCAUUCCGUGUUUUGUUUUCCCCAAUUGGUCGUGAAUACAUUUUUCGAAAGGGCUACCGUGCGUUUGCAUUUUUACUUGUUCCAGAUUGUACCCUGUACAGUAAUGAGCCUUGCCCUGAUACACGCUGUGCCGUGUUGGUGAAAGCAAAGCAGCGAGGGGCGUUCCUUUUCAAGGGGUAUCCUAGUUUUGCAUAAAUUCCCUCGUCUAGUUUAGGCUUCUAGCUAUUUGGGUCAUUGCCUGUUUUCUUCAACAGCUAAAGAGAAAAGGAUGAGAAAAGAAAAUGUAGGAGUGAUGUGACUGAAUUAUCAAACUAUUGACAAGAGUUGCACUAUUUUCUGUUCUAGUAAUUCUUAAGUAUCAUUUUUAUUCCA